CCGCCACCGCCGCUCCUCCGGCCCCUCCUCUUCCGCAUAGAAUCCAGGCGGGCAGUUCGCCUCGAGCGUCUCGGGUCCACCCCCCUCCCCCUCCCGCGGGUCGCCACUGAGCAGGCGGGACCUUCCAUCUCGCCCCCAAGGAGCCGCGCCCCCUUGGCCCUCCCCCCCUCGGCAUCAUGAAGUACCAGUAUGACGAGUCGGGCACGGCCUUCCUCGUGUUUGCCUGCACGAUGACCGGCCUCUUCAUCGUGCCCAUUACGAUCAUCCGCAUUCGGAAGUUCAUCCGCCUCAACUGGCCCGGCAAGCUCGACGAAGCCGGCAUGCAGAAGCUCGAGGCCGAGCGCAAUCGCGUCAACACCACCUUCGACCAUGUCCUCAAUUUCCUCUACUUCUUCUUCUUGACCAUCUUCAUCAUCAUGUGCAUCCGCAUCAAGCGCCUGGACAUCGCCGAGACCCACGGCGGGUUUGACCCCUUCGCCAUCCUCGGUGUCACUCCGGAGUCCACUAUCAGUGAGAUUAAGAAGGCCAACCGCCAGCUCACCCUCAUCUGGCAUCCCGAUAAGUACAACGGCACCGACCCCGAGGCUGCCAACGAGACCUUCAUGCAGAUUAGCAAGGCCUACAAGAUUCUGUCGGACCCGAAGGCCCGCGAGGAGUUCGAGCUUCAUGGUGAUACUGAGAACCGCGAUGCCUUUGCCGGCAUUGCCCUUCCCCAGUGGAUGUCGCAGUCGUAUGUCCUGCUGGGUGUCUACAUGCUGGCCCUGAUGGGCAUCUGCUACCUGGUGUCGCGCGCGUGGAAGAGCUUCUCCAAGACCCGCAAGGAGAAGCCCGAGGCCACUUUCAACAGUCCCGGUGACAUUGGCCGCUUCUUUGUCAGCUACUACUGGAGCGAGAUCGUGUGCCCCUCCCUGCGCAAGGGCGCCAUGUUCCCUCUGAACCAUCUUGCUGCCUUCGACAUCCUCACCAAGUCCCCGGCCUUCACCACCUCGCUGGAGAGCCUGCCUACCGAUGACGCGUUCCUCUCCAUCAUGGAGAAGCAUGUGAAGAACUACCCGAUCCCGGAGAAGACCCUGGUCCCGAAGCUGCGCAAGUCCUCCUUCCUGCUGUAUGCCCAGCUCACUCGUUCGGAUCUCCCCCCUGAGUAUGAGAAGGAGCGCUCCAUCGUGGCCCGCACGGUCCUCCGUCAGAUCCCGCUGAUCGCGUCGUUUGUCUCGUUCGAGCGCGACUUCGAUGCGCAGAUCCGCAAGUUCCUGUCCGAGAACCCCCUGCCCAAGGACCGGCAGGUGUUCACCACCGACUCCGGGCAGAAGGUCAUCCUGACGGAGAAGGACUUCCCCCUGAUCCCGCUGUACCUGCUGGCGUCGUAUGCCGUGGAGGUGGGCCAGAUGGUGGCGCAGUCGCUGUACUUCCCGCCGUCGCUCUUUGCGCCGUCGUCCUUCCUGCAGCUGCCGCAUUUCACGCCGCGCAUGCUGGAUAAGGUCCUGCAGAAGCUGACCUCCAUGAGUGCUGGCGGCCAGCUGCAGGUGAACAAUGUCACCAUUCGCCAGCUGCUGAUGACCCCUCCGCGCGAGCUGGAGCCCUUCCUCAAGUCCUUCUUCAGUGAGGAGGAGAUCGCUGACAUCCACGCCGCCGCGGCCAAGAUCCCCUGGCUCCAGCGUCACCGUCUCUUUGUGAACAAGGACGCCGUGUAUGGCGGCGACUCUGUCAUGCUGUACGUCCAGUUCAAGGUUGUCCAUGGCUUCGCCACCCAGGAGAUGAUCGACACCGAGAACCGCAUCGCCGAGAAGCGCCGCGACAACUUCCGCCUUGGGCGCCUGCCCACCUCCGACGAGCAGGGCCGCGGCUUCGCCGACCAUGCCCUCAUUAAGACCCUCGAGGACCUGCUGCGCAAGCCCAACCGCAAGCCCGGCCCGGGUCCCUCGCCGUAUGACAACAUGCCGAACAAUGAGAUCCGCGCCAAGCUGAACUCGCUGCAGCGUGAGGACGACCCGGUGCCGGCCGACCGGCCGGCCCCCUUCAUCGCCAACCCCCUGGACCAGUCGGCCCCGAGCGAGACCAUUGUCGUGCAGAACACUCGCCUGCCGGCCGAGGUCCUGCCGGCCAAUGUUCCCGCCGAUGAGCUUGGCCGCAAGCUGCUGGAGGCCGGCGAGGCCACCGCCUUCUGGCAUGUGUUCCUCCUCUACCCGAACAUGACGGCCAUGAACUACCAGAUGCUCGGCCGCUGCUACAUCGACGAGGAUGGCAACAAGAUCCUCCAGUAUCAGCUGACCCUGCAGAUGCCGGAUCCCCGCGACGACAGUGUUUCCUACACCCGCCUGCGUCUGAACGCUCUGUCCAGCAUCUUCCUUGGCACCGACAUCGGGGAGUUCUUCUGCAUCCCGGUCCUUCCUCGUUCGCGCAAGCCCCAGGCCGAGAUCGAGGAGGAGCACCGCGCCCAGAUGGAGGCCGAGGAGGCCCAUCAGGGCUGCAACCACAACCACGGCGACCACGGCCACAGCCAUGGCGGUGAUGACCAUGGUCACAGCCACAGCCACGGCGGCCACGGUCACAGCCAUGGCGGCCACGGUCACAGCCACGGUGACCACUCUGAUUCGGAUUAAGGGCGAGAGGGGCGAGUGGUGACGAUGCGUACGUGUUUCUGUGUGCUUGCUCGCAGCACCGGGAGGAGGGGGG